AUGAAGCGGUCACUAUAAAUAACCAGACAUCCAGAUAAGCAUCGACGUCUGCUAUUGAUGGCUCCUCCCCCGCUACCUGUAAAUCUGCGAUGCCAUCUCCCGACAAAUGGAUGUGACAGGCGGCCGUCGGAGCCCCGGAGAGCGAGGAUGACUAAAUCCGCUCCUCGACCCCAGAAACCGUCAUUUUUCAAACCCUGUUUCCUCAGAGGAUAUCGAUAAAGUGCGAGCUUUUAACGCGAGGAGCGCAUUCAACAGUGCGCGCUGCGGAGCUCAAGUAGCGGAGCUGCUGAAAGCUGCGCUGCUAAACAAGGUGGAGGAGUGAGUCAGUGCAUCGAGUGGAGAGGACAACACGUCUCUUUAAUAUAUUAAUAACACUUACAGGGUUUUAUCAGUGGGGACUGUGGGGGACAUUUGAGUUUUUGGGGAGUUUAAAAGAAGAAAAUGUGAUUUUUACGCACAGAUCAAACGGAUGACGCGCAAUUCCAGCCAUGAACGCGCAUCGUGAGGCGCACGACUGAUAUCUAGAUUUCAAAGGAAGUUUUUAUCACUGUGCGUGUGUCUGCUGUCGACUCAACUUUUACGUCCUCGCUUUGGUGAAGCCAGAUGAGAAGGCAGAGGAGCGGAAGGCGGUUGACUUAACAUGGCUGAGCCGCUGGGGCAUCAGGGGGCGCUGGCCGGAGCUCCCCAAAGCGCCUGAAUCCCAGUUGAGUUGAUUUUGUUUUUUCUCUGUGGAGGUGGGGAGCUGGCAGACGACCACAGGCCGAUAAUGUCGAAGAGGGAGAAAUUCAACCCGGACCCGUCCAUCCACAUAUCCAAGAUGAAUGUCAUCAUCCCGUUCUCACCAGAUGUGCCCUGUGACAGCAACGGCCAGCGGAUGUGGUGGGCUUUCCUCGCCUCCUCCAUGGUCACUUUCUUUGGGGGUCUCUUCAUAAUCCUCCUGUGGAGAACUCUCAAAUACCUGUGGACUGUGUGCUGCCACUGUAACGCCAAAAAGAAGGAGGUCCAUCGGAUCACCACAGGCGAUGGCAUCAAGCGCACCGAUAAGGACGACCCAGCGGCCAGCGAGGUGGGCUGGAUGACCUCGGUCAAAGACUGGGCUGGAGUCAUGAUAUCCGCUCAGACCCUGACAGGAAGAGUCCUGGUGGUGCUCGUAUUUGCUCUCAGCAUCGGAGCCCUUGUUAUAUACUUCAUAGAUUCUUCUGAUCCGAUCGAGUCCUGUCAGAACUUCUACAAAGACUUCACGUUGCAGAUUGACAUGGCGUUCAACGUUUUCUUCUUGCUGUACUUCGGCCUCCGUUUCAUUGCUGCCAAUGACAAGCUGUGGUUCUGGUUGGAGGUGAACUCGGUGGUGGACUUCUUCACGGUUCCUCCGGUGUUUGUGUCGGUGUACCUGAACAGGAGCUGGCUCGGUAAGGACGCUCACACAGCCCCUGUGUCCACCAUACAGGAAUAUGCUUGUUCGUGGAUGACAACAGGUAUAGUGCGGCUCGCUGAUAGGUUUGCCGUUGUGGUGGCUGGGGUCCUGGAGGAAGGUUCGGUCCCCUUCUCCAUCCUCCUCAGCCUGCUGGUCCUCCCUAGGUUCGCCUCGACCCUGCCCUUCGGGGCCUCUGGCUAUCGUUGUUUCCACCUGCUCAUUGUGGAUAACAGUAGUGGUAAUGUGGAGAACUCAGGGGAUCCUUGGGAAAACUUCCAAAAUUCCCAGGCACUUUCCUACUGGGAAUGUGUCUACUUACUCAUGGUUACUAUGUCCACUGUUGGCUAUGGAGACGUUUAUGCCAAAACCACCCUGGGCCGCCUGUUUAUGGUCUUCUUCAUCCUUGGUGGUUUGGCCAUGUUUGCGAGCUACGUCCCUGAAAUCAUAGAGUUAAUAGGAAACCGCAAGAAAUAUGGUGGUUCCUAUAGUGCGGUUAAUGGGAGAAAGCACAUCGUGGUCUGUGGUCAUAUAACACUUGAGAGUGUGUCCAACUUUCUAAAAGACUUCCUACACAAGGACAGGGAUGAUGUCAAUGUAGAAAUUGUUUUUCUCCAUAAUAUUUCCCCUAAUCUUGAGCUGGAAGCCUUGUUCAAGCGUCACUUCACUCAGGUGGAGUUUUACCAAGGGUCUGUCCUGAACCCACACGACCUGGCCAGAGUCAAGAUUGAAUCAGCUGAUGCCUGCUUGAUUUUAGCCAACAAAUACUGUGCUGACCCCGAUGCUGAGGAUGCAUCCAACAUCAUGAGAGUAAUAUCGAUCAAGAACUACCAUCCGAAGAUCAGAAUUAUCACUCAGAUGUUGCAGUAUCACAAUAAGGCCCACCUUUUGAACAUCCCGAGCUGGAACUGGAAGGAGGGAGAUGAUGCUAUUUGCCUUGCGGAGCUGAAGCUGGGCUUCAUCGCUCAGAGCUGCCUGGCUCAGGGCCUCUCCACCAUGCUAGCCAACCUUUUCUCCAUGAGGUCCUUUAUCAAGAUUGAGGAGGACACGUGGCAGAAGUAUUACCUAGAAGGAGUAGCCAAUGAGAUGUACACAGAGUACCUGUCCAGUGCCUUUGUGGGCAUGUCCUUCCCUGUUAUUUGCGAACUCUGCUAUGUGAAGCUAAAGCUGCUGCUGAUAGCGAUAGAGUACAAGUCUGAUCAAAGGGAGUGCAGCACCCUGAUAAACCCUGGAAACCACGUGAAAAUGCAGGAGGGGACACUUGGCUUCUUCAUCGCCAGCGAUGCCAAAGAAGUAAAGAGGGCACUGUUUUACUGUAAAGCCUGCCACGAUGACAUCACCGAUCCUAAAAGGAUAAAGAAAUGUGGAUGCAAGAAAUCCAAGACGCCCGCCUACAAGAAAAUGAGACUGGCAUGUUGUUUUGAUUGCGGCCGCUCAGAGCGGGACUGCUCUUGCAUGCCGGUUAAUGUGCGUUGUAACAUGGACUCCCCUCAACGCGACAUCCCACUCUCUGCUGUCUCUGUUAAUGAUUGCUCGGCCACUUUACGUGCCUCUAAAAAUAGCUAUAAUGGAUAUAUCAAAUCAAUUGAAGAGGACCAACAGUCUGCGUUGUCGCCUAAAAAAAAGCAACGUAACGGAGGCAUGAGAAAUUCUCCAAACUCCUCACCCAAGAUAAUGAGACACGACCCACUCCUCAUCCCGGGGAACGAGCAGAUUGAGAGCAUGGACGAGAACGUAAAGAAAUACGACUCCACGGGGAUGUUUCACUGGUGCCCGUCCAAAGACAUUGAGAAGGUCAUCUUGACCCGGAGUGAGGCAGCCAUGACUGUUCUGAGCGGUCACGUGGUCGUGUGCAUAUUUGGAGAUGUGAAAUCAGCAUUGAUCGGACUCCGAAACUUCGUCAUGCCUCUAAGAGCGAGCAACUUUCACUACCAUGAGCUAAAGCACAUUGUGUUUGUCGGCUCACUUGAGUAUCUGAAGCGGGAGUGGGAGACUCUCCACAAUUUCCCAAAGGUCUCCAUUUUACCUGGCACACCGUUGAGUCGGGCAGAUCUGAGGGCUGUCAACAUCAACCUCUGCGACAUGUGUGUCAUUCUGUCAGCCAAUCAGAACAAUAUUGACGACGCAUCACUGCAGGACAAAGAAUGCAUCUUGGCGUCACUCAACAUCAAAUCCAUGCUGUUUGACGACAGCAUCGGGGUCUUGCAGGCUAAUUCCCAAGGCUUUACACCCCCAGGGAUGGAUAGAUCGUCUCCUGAAAACAGCCCAGUCCAUGGAUUAGUGCGGCAGACUUCUGUCACAACUGGAGCAAAUAUUCCCAUCAUAACAGAGCUAGCACCAUUAGCAAAGCCAGGCAAAAAACCGCCUGUGAUUUCAUUCAGUCAGGAUAAAAGCAGUGGGACCAGCAUACAAAUGAUAACUGAGCUGGUGAAUGACUCCAACGUUCAGUUCCUGGAUCAAGAUGAUGAUGACGACCCUGACACAGAGUUAUACCUCACUCAGCCUUUUGCCUGUGGGACAGCCUUCGCCGUCAGUGUGCUGGAUUCUUUAAUGAGUGCUACAUACUUCAAUGAUAAUAUCCUCACCUUGAUCCGGACGUUGGUAACAGGCGGGGCGACGCCGGAGCUGGAGGGGCUGCUGGCAGAGGAGAAUGCGUUACGGGGCGGCUACAGCACGCCACAGACACUGGCGAACAGGGACAGGUGUCGCGUGGCACAGCUGGCCUUGUACGACGGGCCCUUCGCCGACCUCGGGGAUGGUGGCUGUUAUGGUGACCUGUUUUGUAAAGCCCUGAAAACAUACAACAUGUUGUGCUUUGGCAUCUAUCGGUUACGAGACGCACAUCUAAAUGCACAAAGCCAAUGUACCAAACGGUACGUCAUAACCAAUCCACCAUAUGCGUUUGAGCUGGUGCCCUCAGACCUGAUAUUCUGCCUGAUGCAGUUUGACCACAAUGCGGGCCAGUCUCGAACCAGCCUCUCCCACUCUUCCCAUUCGUCCCAUUCCUCCAGCAAAAAGAGCUCCUCCGUCCACUCUAUCCCAACCACCAACCGCACCAACCGCGCCAAAAGCAGGGACUCACGAGACAAACAAAAUGCAACAAGGAUGAGUAGAGUGGGCCAAGAAAAGACAUGGUUUACAGAUGAGCCAGAAAAUACUCAGCUGAGGACCAUACAGAUCAAGCCUGUGAAUACGCUCGCCAUCAACCAAGUCAGUCAGUGUAAAUCCACAAGCAGCUUGAUCCCACCCAUCAGAGAAGCAGAAGACGAGUGCUGAGCUCCGGACCCGCGCUGACACCUGGACGCUCCCAGAAGACUCAUCGUGUAGGUGUCAGACUGGGAUUCGGGUUAUCUUCUCAUCUGCAAACAUAAAUCAAUCGACAUGAGAUGAGACGGACACAAACUGCUUUCCUCAUUCACCUCUGCAGCACGCUUACCUUACAGGCAGAUUUAGGAUCAUACAUGUAAAAUACAUGAAGACAAUCAUAGUCAAACGUUGCAGCCACUCAACUGUUAGUUUGCACAGCGAAUCUUUAGUUGUGACCAGACUCCAUGACUUUUUUGUUCCAUUUUGGGGAAUGAGGGUCACUUGAAGGAGAACGGCAAUUUAAAAAAAGACUGCCGCUACUAAAAAGAGGUGAUUACUAUAACUGGAUCAAGUUUUGCAAUUGUAAAAGUUGCCUUUUUAGCUGUUGAUGAACAACUACUACUACUACUGCAUUUACUUUACCCAGUGUUGCAGAGUUACUCUGUACAGUAUGUUAAAAUGUGUAUUUUACAUCCAGCUGCGAUCCCACCACAAUGGCAUUGUUAGUGACUGACUCUCAGUGAUUCCUUUGCCAUUUGGAGCUAAUUCACAACAUUUGUGACAGUUAAGACGGCCAGCGUCCAUGUGUAAAUGGCAUUUGGCUCCAGCCUUAUCUCUAUCCAUUUAUAUUUGUCUUAUCUUUGCCUUUUUGAGUCGUUUGUUAUAACUGUUUUAAUGUUGCUGUACGGUUGCAAUGUCCAAAACCCCAGAAAUCAUUUUAAGUAAAGCUUUUAAGGAACUGCAGAAUUUCUCCAGGGGUAAAAUGUAAGGAAUAUUAUUCUUUUCUUCUGUUCUUUUUUUUUAAAUAGCCAAAUAUGAUAGAGCUGUUUUGUUGUUGACAUUAGAAUAUAUCCAAAAGUCUCACACAGUUCAUGAUAUCAGAGAUACUCAUUUACUUAAGACACAAUAAACAGCAAAGCUAAAUGCUGUGGUAUAGCAUGGCUCAUUAUGAUAAGUCUAUAGUUGAAUGUAAAAGCCACAUAUCGCAUAAAGUGGGCAUAUGUAAGUCCUCCUUUGGCUGUAAGCACUGCCUGACACAGGAUUGUCUUGGAGGCCAUUACGCACUUACAUGUACUCCAUGACCAAUCUUAAUGCCAUAAUCAGACAUGUUUUGUUUUGUAGAUACACAAUAAACAGCUCUAUCAUAAAAAAGUUAUUUUGGCUAUUUAAGUGUUCGGAUAGAUUCUUUUCUGUCCAUUACAUAUCUGACGUAUUCAUAAAACAAACACAUCCAAUGAAGCACAGAUCAUUUGUUUCGUUUUGUACACGCAUGAGUCCAGAACGCAGAGUUAAGUGUGGUUUAUUAAUCUUGUCUUGUCUUAUUUAAAUUACAAACUAUAUUGGCACUGUUGUCACUUUACUUCACAAUCAAUAAAGGGGGAAAAAAAGUUAAAAGAAACAACGACGCAAGCUUAUUCCACAGCGGACUCAUGUUGAAUGUGAACAGAGAGAGGUUGUGACAUUUUUACUGGCACAGAGAACAUCCAAACCAUCCAACCCUCAGUGCCAGUAAUGUGCCAGGCAGUGCUGAAGCCAACGGAGGACUCCAGAAGACCCACUGCUGCGAAAAGAGGCUUCUAGUUUAGCUGAAUUUAAGCAAAGUUUGCUUUUGCUGUGAGACUGAGAAAUGUACUUUCCUCUUUGCUCAAAGACCAUUCUUUUUAAAACAAGUCUUUUUAUUUCUUGAUAUGAGGUGGUACUUGCCUGGAGAUAACUAGAACUGUAGUAAAUAAUUUGAAGUCUUAAAACUAUUUUUCAUUGAUCCAUCGUCAACAGCAGAACCUGAUUCAUUUUAUGUACUCUUCAAAGAAAUCUGUAAAGCUUAAUGUAAAAUAUUUCUUUCUAGUGUGUUCUUGUUUGACAGUACCUGUGGGGUUGAGAGACAUUCAGCAUUGCAGUCUAGUUUGUAUUAUUUCUGUGAAUUUCUUUUUAGCACAUUGACUUGUGGAUACAAUGACAGUGCUAAGUUGAUAUUUCUGACUAUGUCAUAAUACCCAAUAAUUAAUACAGUUUAUUGUCUUGUACAAAUAGGCUUGUACAUAAAUUGUACAUGAUUUCAUUUUGUAUUUUCACAAAUUAAAAGCUGAUGUAUUGUGUUCUA